GAAAUCACCAUUCAGUGUGUUGUUUGUGCACCGUCGUGCGCGGAGCCCGUGUGGUUUGGAGAACUUGAUCAGUCAGCGAUAAGACGCGAGAGGAAACUGUCUUCGGAGUUUCAUAUGCUCGAUGCGUGCUCAGUGAAGAGGACCAGCCACCCCUCCCGGGUCAUGGUGGGUUUCUUUUAGCGGGAUGAGAGCCACCAGGGGCCGUGCGCACUGGGGACAUCCAGGGCGCCGGUAGUGCGCUCUGACUGGUGGGUGGCAGGCAGUAAGGCGAACGGGCUCACGGCUGGGUCGGUGCCCUCCUCAUGACAAAGCGGGGGAUGAAUUUGACCCUGGAGUCAAGAUGAUCGUGGAGUUUUUCCCUUGGAAGAAACUGCGGCGAAACAGCAGAUAUCUUCUGUUUGGGGCGAUUCUGCUGCUCGGAAUUUUUGCGUUCUACCAUGAGACGGUUGCUGCAAAAGUAUGGAGCAGUGACACCGGCAUGAAGGGUGAUGCUGGCGGCAGCUGGGGAGGAGCCAUGUUUGACAGGGCCAGAAAAGUCAAUCAACCAGUCUCUACGGAGGAUUCUGCUGCCUGGAGAUCCAGCUUCAAUCCACAAACCUGGAAACCAGAGUAUAAGGGAAAGGCCAACAUGCACAUCUUCGAGGACUGGUGCGGCAGUUCUACAGCUGACCUCUCCAAGAACCUACACUACCCGCUGUAUGCUCAUUCCAGGACUACAGUGCAGAAGCUGGCCGUUACUCCUAAGUGGACCAACUACGGGCUCAGGAUAUUUGGUUAUAUACAUCCAUACACUGACGGAGAGUUUGUGUUUGCUUUGAGCUCUGAUGACAACUCUGAGUUUUGGCUCAGCACAGAUGACUCCCCCUUGAACUUGCAGUUACUAGCAUGGGUUGGAAAGACUGGUAAAGAAUGGACAGCCCCUGGGGAGUUCGAGAAGUAUGCCAGUCAAACCUCCAGACCAGUUUGGUUAUCUGCUCAGGGAAGGUACUUUUUUGAAGUUAUCCACAAGCAAAACGACAGAGGGACCGACCACGUGGAGGUGGCAUGGCAGCUUACGGACCACGACAGUAGAUUCAUGGUCAUUGAAUCUCGUCACAUCUCUCUCUAUGUUGACGAGUCAGCAUUGUUAAUGAGUGACAUCGCACACAUACCACAAACCGACGCGAGCCACCAACGCACCCCUGCAAAACAGAGCAGCGUCGCAGCAGACAUGCUGAGGGAAGACCUGCGAGACACUCUCUACAAGGUGCCUUUGAUGAACAGCAAGUUAUUACAAGGUGUGCUGCCCGACUGCUCGUACAACCCAAGCUACACAAUCAAGGACUUUCCUCUGAUGCGCUACCAAGGACUGCAGUUUGUCCACUUGUCCUACAUCUACCCCAAUGACUACACCCGCCUAACACACAUGGAGACAGAGAAAAGCUGCUUCUACCAAGAUAGCCCCUACUACAGGAAGAUGUUUGGUUUUUCGAGGUACAUGAGACUAGACGGUCCUGAAAAGGAAAACAUUGGCAUGGAUUUUGGUUUCCAGAAAAGAAAAUCCGAGCAAGAUGAGGAGGACGAGUUUGACUUUGAAGCCUAUCAAAGAGAAAAGGAAGCCAGGCGGGGCCAGAUAGAUAAUGCUCUUUUCCCGGACUAUGGUGACGAUUUUGAUGACUAUAACCAGAGACGCAGGCGAAAACUCUUCUCAUUGGCCAAUCAAGAAUCUAACAAUGCACUCAAGAACGCUUCUGUUACAAGACUGCGGGUGCCAAAGACUCAACCAGUGGCACAACAACCUGCUGAGCCCCUGCAAUUAGUGCCAAUGCAAUCCUCAAAACAGGUAAAACCAAAAAUGAAUCCAAAACGAGUAAAGAGGAAAUUGCUCAAAUCUGUGAAAAAAUCUGUGAGACAAAUACAGAAAAAUGUAACAAUACCAGUGGGUAGACCGAAGCGUAAUAAAAAGAAACGAGCCGUCAGAGUCAAGUCAGAACAGCUAAAUCCUAAACAGCUUCAAAUCCAGAAGGCCCAUAAAAUGAAUGACACCCAAAUCCAAAGAAUCAAAACCGUAAAUCUUCGACCUGUAAAGAGGGAUGUUCCUUUGCUUGAAACAUCCAAAGUGGCCAAGCAAUGGAAAAAUGAAAUUGAAAAAGGAGCAAUGGAGCUCGAUCAAACCUCCACCAAGCGUUCCACCACCCCUAAGAGGGAGCAUCCUUUAGUGAGAUCCAAUCAGAGGGGCCGAUAUAGAAGAAAACACCUCAGGGAUAUGGAUGUAUUGAUGAAUGUGACUCUUCAAAAGGAUCUGGACAAUAGCGUUCGCAGAGCAAAGAUAAUCACGAGUGGGAAAAAAGACACAAAGUGGUCGGAUACAAAUAGAGGUGAGGAGCAAGUGGGCGAUGAGGACGAGGUUCAGAACAGGGCUGUGAUCAGGAAGGAAACUGUAGAGAUGGAGAAAGACUCCCUGUGGGGACCAGUAGGAGACUUUGAAGGUAUGGAUGACGAGGAUAGCACCCCAGCACCGGUGUUUGACCCCGAGAUAAACUGGAACCAGACCUUCCAGGUCAGCCCCCUGGACCUUCAGGCAAAGCGAUCGGAUUGGAUAGACCUGCACUGCAACAUCUCAGGCAACCUGCUGUUCCAAGCCAGUGAAGCUAUGCCCAUGGUGGAGGCUUUCAUGGAGCAACUCAACAACAAGCACCACGGACAGUAUACACUGGUCCGUGUGGUCAAUGUGGUGAAGCGUGUGGACACGAUCCAGGGCAACCGCUACCUUCUGGAGCUGGAGCUGAAAGACGUGCACGGCCAUCUGCUGCGCCUGUCGCACUACAUUUAUGCUCUGAUUCGCCACAGCAGCCUGAGCGAAGACAACUUCGAUUACCAUCAGCCCAAACCUCAGCCCAAACCUCAGCAGGUGCUGUGCAACCCCGUGGGCUUCCGCUGGAAUCCUACUGCAACCGUCCACUUCAUAGUACCAGUGAAAAACCAGGCCCGGUGGGUGCAGCAGCUGAUAUCUGACAUGGAACAGCUGUUCAGAGAAACGGGAGACAUGAACUUCAAUCUCAUCAUUGCAGACUACAACAGCACUGACAUGGACGUGCGGAGUGCUUUGCAGAAAUCCAAACUCUUCAGGUACCAGUAUGUGAAGCUUGGUGGAAACUUUGAGCGCUCUGCUGGUCUACAAGCAGGUAUCAACCUUAUAGAUAAUGACCACAGCAUUGUGUUCCUCUGUGACCUACACAUUCACUUCCCUCCCUCCAUCAUCGACACCAUCAGGCAGCACUGUGUGGAGGGAUACAUGGCCUUUGCUCCAAUUGUCAUGAGACUGGACUGCGGGUCUACGCCAGCUGAACCCAGAGGUUACUGGGAAGUCAAUGGCUUUGGCCUGCUGGGGAUCUAUAAAUCCGAUUUGGAUGCAGUGGGAGGAAUGAACACCAAAGAAUUCACAAACCGCUGGGGAGGAGAAGACUGGGAGCUUCUUGACAGGAUUCUUCAGGGAGGGCUGGAAGUGGAGAGGAUCUACUUGAGGAACUUCUUCCACCGCUUCCACUCCAAACGUGGCAUGUGGAACCGGCAGAUGAUUCCCAGCAACAGGUGACCUUAUGUCCUGUCGCCUCACUAUGACCAGGGUCGCCACGGUUACAACAACCAUGGCCACCAGAGCACUUUAAACAGCUUAAGCCUGCGUUAAGCUGAUGCUAGUUGCUAAGGAGAUACUUCUGAUAUACUCCAUUUGUUUCACUGGAUGUGUUAACUACUGAGAGGAUACUGCUCUGACUAUGAGAUCUUACAUAUGAAGAUACUGCUGUGCACCAUGUUGCUGACUUUGACUAUAAUGAUCUGCACUGCUGGCUGCAAAAAAAGAACCCUCCAAAAACAGAACAUGAGUUAAAAGACAUGGUUCACUCCCAGAAAUCACACAUCAAGUGUCCCAUAACUUUAAGCACAAGAGUCUUAACUGGAGGAAAAACUGUUUUGUAUCUGGCAUAAUGCAAACUGACUGCCAUUUGUGUAUUUGGUAAAACACAGCCUUAUUUGUUAUGUUGUAAAUUAUAAAAAAGAUAUAUAUUUAUUAUAUCAGUGUUUUUAGGAUUUUUUUUUUAUGUCAGUUGUCAAGUGCUCUUUUGUGUUUGCAUUGACACAAAUUGUGCCUUCUGUUGUCACUGCUACUCAGGUACUGGGGCCACAAAGGUCUGUUUUUUGUGUGUGUUACAUACAGGAAAAGCCUUAAAGUGGAAAAAAAAACAUUUUAAAUUGAAGUGAUUCCUUUCAUUGAUGGUAGCAUUUAGUUUUAUCAGAGGACAGUCCAUUGUGUGUUUUAUACAGAAAGGAUAUUCAAAUAUUUUUUUGACAUCUCCCUUUCCUUACACUGCUGCAAUUUACUAAAAGAGAAUUGAUGGAUGAACUGCAGAAAGGUCAUACAGAUUUGUUUUUACUCACAUGUCAUGCUAUCGAAAAUCUGCUGAACCUAACAAAUUUUAUUUGUUUUAAUGAGUCUGUAUUUUAAUCAGUUUAUGACGCCUCCCAUUCUAACAUUAGGAAAUACUGUUUUUGUGUCGAAACAGUCAGGACAUAUAGUGAAAGAAACAUGAUCUUGUGUAUUUAUUACAUUGUUUUAUUGUUAUUUAAGACCAGCGAAACGGCAGCAUUUUCUCACAGCUCACAUUCCUGUUCAGCAAGUCUUUGUGGGGACACUGGUGGCGCAGUGGUUAGUUCGCGCGCCCCGUGUAUGGAGGCUGUCGUCUCAAGCGGGCUUCACCUGUGGCCUCUUUCCCGCAUGUCGUUCCCCACUCUCUCUCUCUCUGAUUUCCGACUCUAUCCACCGUCCUAUCUCUCCAUUAAAGGCACAAAAAGCCCCCCCAAAAAAUCAAUUAACUUGAUAGCUGUUGAACAGUUUCAGCUGAGAUUUAAGGAAAUAAUAACACAAUUCUCAUGUAAUGCCAAAACAAUGCUGUUUUAUUUUUUGUUAAGCAACACUGCCAGGAAUUGUGUUGCGUUUAUUUUAUUUUUUCCCAGCCUGACAUCCUCUUGUACUGAAGAACUUAAGCUUUUGUAAUGCAGAUACUGAUUUGGCAGGGAUGUUAGAUGUUUCUCUUCUCGGUCCAUUUCUAUUCUCUUACUUUCUCUUCUUCCAUUAGAUAUACCUCAUCAUCUCCACCUUUGUGCUGGGAAUUAACCUCUUUGUCCAGUUCUGGAUUCUCUUCACUUAGGGUUAUGUUUGUUUGUGUCAUUUUUCUACUGCUUUGACAAAUUUGUGGAAUAAACUUCUCGUGGCUUAAUUUCA